AUGUCGAUAUAUGAUACAGAGUUUUCAAGAAGGAUCAGAUCAUCUGUACCUCAUCCUCCUUCACCUGGCUCACCUCGAUACGACCUCCGAUCGAAUGGGAAAGUGGGUAAUGGAGAUGUGUUCGGGGAUAUCACCAGUCCAAUGAAGAAUGGAUCAGCCUCACCCAGAGCUAGUCCUAUGAGUAUGGGUGCCAAUGUGGGAAAGGGUAAAGGCGUAGUAAGAGAAUAUGGCGAUAGGUUCAUCCCCACAAGAGACGGAAGCGAUAUACAUGCUGCAUACCAGCUUACUGCCGAUGCUAAUGGUGUGACCGGACAGAUGGUGGGCAAGGUCAAAGGGAGAAGGAGAAGUGGUCCUCAGGCUUUUGAUGGUGAUGUGAGAAGAGAAGAAGCAAAUGCAACAUUCACCCAAUUACUCAAAACCGAACUCUUUCCUCCGUCACAAUCAUCUUCUCGAACAUCUUCUCCAGCCCAAUCACGUAGUCGGACACGACAUCAACAACUCAGACAACCCAUGACAUUCGAUACCAGUAACAUUCCAACCCAUAAUUCCCAUUCUUAUCCUAUAUCAGGUGCGGGGGACACCCCUUCCCAUCAUUAUCCUCCUCCUGCCGCUACAUCAAGUGGAGAGAGGGGUCGAGAGAUGUCACCUGCAGCUACACUUCCACCAUUACCCAUGCACGCUCCGUCGACUCCUACGUCAGGACAUGGUAGACCACCAGGUGCAGGACCAAGUUCAUCUCAUCAUCGAGCUCAUCAAUCCCAAGUUGCCUUGACAUCCGGUACGACCCGUCCAGGCGUUUCUCCACCUAAUUCAACGGGCAGACGAUCGGCUUUCUCACCGCCACCUGGAGGAAACCAUGGAUCACCUUCUACUCCUACCAAGAAAAGAAUCCUCAAUUUCACCUCACCCGGUACGGUCCGAAUAAACGGAGGUUUAAGUGGUGUAAAUGGACUAGGAGUGGAUAGUCUAGAUGAUAUGAACCACCCCGCAUACAGUCUCAGUCCAGUAGGAAAAGAAAGUCAAAGAAUGUUACUCAGUCCUAGAAAAGAGAUUAGAUCAAUUGCCAAAACACCUUUCAAAGUGCUUGAUGCACCUGAAUUAGCCGACGAUUUCUACCUGAAUCUCGUCUCAUGGUCAGCCUCGAACGUUCUGGGAGUAGGACUCAACUCAUGUGUCUAUCUCUGGAGUGCUCAGACUAGCAAAGUUACCAAACUUUGUGAUCUCGUUAGAGUCGCUCCUGAUGGUGCGUCAAUAGACGAUACAGUCACUGGUCUAGAGUGGACGAAUAAAGGAAGUACAUUAGCCAUUGGGACGAAUAGUGGUCUAGUCGAAAUAUGGGAUGCAGAAUAUUGCAAGCGAAUCCGAACGAUGUCAGGUCAUACAGGUCGAGUAGGUGCCCUCGCAUGGAAUUCACAUAUCCUUACAUCUGGAUCGAGAGAUCGAACGAUCUUACAUCGAGAUACGCGAAUCCCAGAACACUAUAUAAGGAAAUUGGCUGGACAUCAUAAACAGGAAGUAUGUGGAUUACGAUGGAAUCCGGAUACGGAUCAAUUGGCUUCUGGAGGAAACGAUAAUAAGUUGUUCGUAUGGGGUGGAACGGAUAAUAAACCGACUUGGAGAUUUGGAGAACAUCGUGCGGCUGUGAAAGCGAUUGCUUGGAACCCCCAUCAAAGAGGUUUAUUGGCUAGUGGAGGUGGUACAGCAGAUAAGAAAAUUAGGUUUUGGAAUAGUUUGACGGGGGGGUUGGUUAGUGAAUAUGAUACUGGAUCGCAGGUAUGCAACCUGAUGUGGUCCCGAAACUCAAACGAACUCGUAUCAACCCAUGGUUAUUCCGGUGGACCCGUAUCGAACCAGAUUCAUAUAUGGAAGUACCCCUCGAUGACUCAAAUAGCCACUCUCACGGGACACACUUAUAGGGUGUUGUACCUCGCUAUGAGUCCUGAUGGUCAGACGAUCGUCACUGGAGCAGGGGAUGAGACGUUAAGGUUCUGGAAUGCUUUCCAGAAAAGUAAGAGUGAGGUCGGAAAAGGCUUUGGUGAUGGGAUGGGCGUGUUGGCUAAGAUAAGGUAA